UCCCCGUCCAGCGUGGCUUGCAGACCAGCGGCACAGCAUGGACGGCCUUUUCGUGGAGGAGGUAGCCGCCUCGCUGGUGAGGGAGUUUCUCAGCAGGAAGGGCUUAAAGAAGACGUGUGUGACCAUGGACCAGGAACGCCCACGCUCUGACCUCAGCAUAAACAGCAGACAGGACCUCCGUAAGGUUUUGCAUCUCGAAUUUCUAUACAGGGAAAACAAGGCAAAGGAAAAUCCUCUAAAAACAAGCCUUGAACUCAUAACCAGAUACUUUCUGGAUCGCUUAGAUAGCAAUCCAACUCAAGAAACUCAAAUUCCUGCACUCCCAGUUCCAAAGAAGAACAACAGAUUGCCACUAAGAUGCUCAGAGAGCACGCUUGUAAACAUAUAUGACCUGGAGGAUGAAGACAUAGGAUGGAGAAUGUCACAUUCAGAAGCAAGCAAAGCCAGACAUGACAGUCAUGAUGAGGAUGUGCUCAGUAAUUCUGUGUCAUGCAAAAGGCCCAUACACAGAGAGAAUGCCACAUCCACAGGCCCAGGUGGAAGCCCCUCCUUGACUUCUAUGUGGGAGAAGAUGGUCCAGCUUCCUUCACCAGAGCCUGCCACGGAUGGGAAGAGGCCAGGGGAGAAGACCAGGCCGAAGGCUGGCCUGAUUGUCCGAGGCAUGAUGGCUGGGCCCAUGGCCAACUCCCCACAGGACUCUUUGCGCAAACGCUCUCUAAGGCGAUUUCCACCCUCAAACGUCAAGACCCAGCCCACAGAGGAGGAAAGGCCAUUGGUACACAAGAUUUCUGCCCUUGCCCCGGCCUAUGCAGGCUCUCAGGGGGUACUGGCUUCCGGCAGCAGUUCUGUCUCCAGGACCCCCCCAGGCCAGCAGAGCAAACCCAUCAUGGAGAAGCUGGAAAUUACCCCCAGCAGACAAGAGCAGCCCCUACAGGACAGACUCAAGCUGAGGGGUCCUUCAGAGGACAGCUCAGCAGAAGAUGGUCCUGCAGCGGUACCCUGGAAGAUGCACUUGUCUGGUGGGAAUUCAAAGACCACCCAGGAGCUACUGGAAAGAACCUUCAAGCAGCAGGACAGCCAGGCUCUUCCUCUCAGGAAUAAUCGAUUGGUAUCUGACAAAGUGGAUGAUGAGCUGGGUGCCCUUCGGCUUGAGGACAUAGAGGAUGAAUUGGUGAGGGAAGAAAUCAUUCUGUCUCCUAGCCCAUCAGUGCUCAGAUUACAAAUAGCAUCAGAGCCAAUUGACCUUGCACUGGCAAAGGAAGUCAAGACCCUUCUGUUUGGUUCUGCUUUUUGCUGUUUCAAUGAAGAGUGGAAGCUUCAGAGUUUUUCCUUUAACGACAGUGACUCACUAAAAUACGGCAUUGUGCAGAACAAGGGUGGCCCCUGUGGGGUGUUGGCUGCUGUCCAAAGCUGUGUGCUACAAAAACUCCUGUUUGAAGGAGAGAGCGGAGCCACUCGCCCUCGGCUGCUGCAGCCUUCAGAUGCCCAGAGGACACGCUGCCUCACCCUGGCCAUCGCAGACAUCCUGUGGCGGGCUGGGGGCCACCAGCGAGCCGUGGUCACAUUGGCUUCAGGAACACAGCAGUUCAGUCCAAUGGGGAAAUACAAAGCAGAUGGAGUCUUAGAAACACUCAUGCUCCAUAGUUUGACCUGCUAUGAAGAUCUGGUGACUUUUCUUCAACACAGCAUUCAGCAGUUUGAAGCAGGCCCAUUUGGCUGCAUCUUGCUCACCCUGUCUGCCAUCCUGUCCAGGUCCCCAGAGCUUGUCCGUCAGGACUUUGAUGUCCCCACCAGCCACUUGAUUGGAGCACAUGGCUACUGCACACAGGAACUCGUCAAUCUGCUCCUGACUGGGAGGGCCGUGUCCAAUGUUUUCAACGAUGUGGUGGAGCUGGACUCCGGGGAUGGGCGCAUCACACUGCUCCGUGGCAUUGCUGCGCGGAGUGACGUUGGCUUCUUAUCUCUCUUUGAGCACUACAACGUGUGCCAGGUCGGCUGCUUCCUGAAAACCCCAAGGUUCCCCAUCUGGGUGGUGUGCAGCGAAAGCCACUUCAGUGUCCUUUUCAGCCUGCAGCUAGAUCUCCUGUCCGACUGGAGAGCUGAACGGCUUUUUGAUCUGUACUACUAUGAUGGCCUUGCCAAUCAGCAGGAGCAGAUCCGACUAACUGUAGAUACCACUCGGGCCACCCCUGAGGAUAACCACAACGACCUUGUCCCUCCGCUGGAGCUCUGCAUAAGAACCAAGUGGAAGGGGGCUUCUGUGAACUGGAAUGGCUCAGACCCCAUCCUGUGACCCUUGGAUGCACCUAAGUUCUACAGCUCCAUUGCUCAUCACCAGCAGCCCUUGCACCUCAAGCCUUGUACAAGUCUCUGAAAGUCAUCUCCACUGAGGCCAGCAUGACCACAGACGUGUAAAGAGGCUCCAUUACCCCCUCUCUGAAGGGCCUGCCCAGGCCCCGGGGGGCCCCAGCGCACUGUGGAGAUUUUCUUCUGCCAAGCAGCAACUGCCAAAGACAGGAUUGUUCCUUGAAGGCCUUAGAUAUGGGUGGCCAUGCAUUCUAUAAAGCAAGAGUCAAAUCUG